AUGGCAGCUCUUUUCUGGCUGUUCAUAGCCGCCUUUUCGACAACAUGUUAUGCUCUACACCGCACCAUCGGCGAUCCUAACGACCCUUCUAUUCAGGCAUUGGCAAACGAAUGCUUACAGACGACUCCCAACGCCGGAUGGUCAUAUGGCACGUGUCCUUACCUUGUAAGAUGUGUGCUGGAAGGGCUGCACGCGGAGAUUUCCUCGGGAAUGUCGAGUGGUAGUAAUAUCGUGUCGCUUGUACCGACAACGCUUGCUUUGAUAGAUCAUCCAACUCAAGACCUAAACACACCAACCUUGGAGGAGCUCAGAAUCAGACAAUGGACAAUCCCGGUUCCUACACCACAUUGGCAGGGAGUUUUCAAAGGAAAAGCAUUUGCCGUCGACCUCGCCUUCCUUUUCCUCCUCGGCGUCAUGAUGUGGCAGACCGUCACUCUCAACUAUUCAUCCGUCGUCUCCUGGCGCUGCGAUUACCCGUUCCUGCUGAUCUGUUGGCCGGUUGCCUGCGUUGUAUGGCUCAUCAUCGCCAUGUCUGGCCUGUCCAUGCUCGCUCAAAAGAUCCGAAUACGGUACCGCGAAGAUACCCAGGAAGAAUGGAGCGAGGUACCGUGGUCAUCUUUGGUUCGGCAUCGGUACAACUUACCAGGACGAUUUAAUCGUGAGAAUGAUACUACUAGCAGCACUAUGUAUCUGGUCAUGGAGGAUCGCCAGCCUGAUAGGCAGAGGGGAAAGCUCUCUCGGUCCAGGUACGGGGCGUAUUACUCCAUUGAAAUCACCAUGCGAUAUGACUGGGCGUGGCAGUAUUAUGAGGCUGCGAUGGAAGCGUUGGCUGUGGGGAUUUAUUUGUAUGCGACAUUUGUGCUGACGAGUUCUCUUUUUUGCGCAGUCUGUCUCUAUCUCACAAUGGCUGGUGUUUUUCAAAAUGUGUUUGGCGGCGCUGCCCCUUCGGGCGCCGUCAAGAGUGAUGAUGAUUUCGCCGAUUUUGCCGCUGUCCCCAACCCUUCCCCCGCAGGCUUGACAGCUGGCCAAUCUGCCCCAGCAGCCGCCGUCACAGGAGCCAGCGCCGUCCCAUACACUGCAUGGUAUCGCGUCUGGGAAAGAGUCACUCCUCAGGACUUUCUGCAAGAAGCAUUCAUAAUUCCCUUCUUGCUCCUCCUCCUCGGAUUCCACUUCUGGGGCACACGCAAGAACAGGAGCAAGGCCAAGACAUGGGCUAUUGCUCAUGCUCCUGUCCUUGAAAGCGAAUUCGCUGUUGUCGGUUUCGGCGGUGUCGCCAGGGGCCCCUCCGUCGAAGGUGUUCAGUCCGAAUUGACUGAUCCUGAGAAACUGUUGAAGGAGAAAUCCAAGCAGGAGUAUCAGUCAUAUGCUACCGGUCGCCAGAAUGUUGCUUUCCUUGAUGUCUCCAUCAAGCUUGUCAAACGCUAUAACCCUCUUGUAUUUAUCAUGGACAAUGCAUUGGGCCUUUUCCUUGAGAGCUUCCCUCCACCAGUGGAAAGAGUGGAGUCUACUCUGUACACUUUUGACGGAAAGGAGAAGGAGAUUGUCCCUACGCCAGGUGGUGAUGUUUCCUCUAUCAAGGUUCCCAAUUCGACUUAUGACGGGUUCAUUUGGGCUGUUGUGCAUAAGAAUGCCAUGCGUCAGAUUCGUCAGGACCGUUACGAUGCUUCCAUGACUUUCACCAAGGACAACUCCAAGCUUCCCGCCUGGGUGACUGUGAUGACUGAGAGUGCUGAGAUUACCGAUUUUCUGUUGACUCCUCAAUUGAUCAAAGCUAUUGAAGAAGCUGGCGACGCAUUUGAGUACUUGAUCAUUACCGAUCAACCUAUCGACAAGCCAUUGAAAAUCGAGGAGGCUGUCCCCAAGAAACGCAUCCAACUCUCCCUCACCAUCCCCUCCAACGGCUACGCAUCCACCCUUUCUCUCUACAGCUACUUCCUCCGUCUCCCCGACAUCCUCGUCUCCGGCGCCCACUGGCGUCCUGAAGUAACCCGCAAACUGCGCAACGCCCGCGAAGAAGAAAUCCGCAAACUACGCCGUGCAGACGAAGAAGAGAAAGCUGAAGAGCGCAAAUAUGCGGCCGAGAAGCUCAAGAAGGAGGAACGCGAGCGGUUGCUGCGUGGCAUGACAGCUGAGGAGCAGAGAAAGUUUUUGGAGAGGGAGAAGGAGAAGGAACAGCGAAAGAUGAUGAAGAAGAGUACUCGACGGGGUUGA